GCUGGCGCUGGGCGAGCCAGCCUCUCGCGGAAUGAGGGCGGGGAGCGUGGCCGGCGGCCCCCUGGGGCUGUCUCCGCGACCCCAGCGCCCAGACGGGCGGCCCAACCACCGGAACCCGCAAAACACCAACAAGUAGUUUCCCGUUGGAGAAGGGCGGCUCGGCUGGGUGUUGGGACCAAGUCCCGCUGCCGGGAGAGGCUCGUCCACGCGGACACCAAAGCAGAACCACUUUUAUCUCGGUCUCGAAGUCAUGUCUGAGCCACAGAGAUGGGCAAGAUCGAGAACAACGAGAGGGUGAUCCUCAACGUCGGGGGCACCCGGCACGAGACCUACCGCAGCACCCUGAAGACCCUGCCCGGGACGCGCCUGGCCCUGCUCGCCGCCUCCGAGCCCCAGGGCGACUGCCUGACCACGGCGGCGGGCGACCGGCCGCAGUCGGCGCCCCCGCUGCCCUCUCCGUCGUCGCCGCGACCGCCCCCCCUGUCCCCGGGGCCCGGGCGCUGCUUCGAGGGCGGAGCGGGCAACUGCGGCUCCCACCGGGGCGGCGGCGGCGGGGACCACGCCGGGGGCGGCCGCGAGUUCUUCUUCGACCGGCACCCGGGCGUCUUCGCCUACGUGCUCAACUACUACCGCACCGGCAAGCUGCACUGCCCCGCCGACGUGUGCGGGCCGCUCUUCGAGGAGGAGCUGGCCUUCUGGGGCAUCGACGAGACGGACGUGGAGCCCUGCUGCUGGAUGACCUACAGGCAGCACCGCGACGCCGAGGAGGCCCUCGACACCUUCGAGACCCCCGACCUCAUCGGCGGCGACCCUGGCGACGACGAGGACCUGGCGGCCAAGAGGCUGGGCAUCGAGGACGCCGCGGGCCCGGGGGGCCCCGACGGCAAGUCUGGCCGCUGGAGGCGGCUGCAGCCCCGCAUGUGGGCGCUCUUCGAGGACCCCUACUCGUCCCGAGCCGCCAGGUUUAUUGCUUUUGCUUCUUUGUUCUUCAUCCUGGUUUCAAUCACAACUUUUUGCCUGGAGACCCACGAAGCUUUCAACAUUGUUAAAAACAAGACGGAACCAGUCAUCAAUGGCACAAGUGUUGUUCUACAGUAUGAAAUUGAAACGGAUCCUGCCUUGACAUACGUAGAAGGAGUGUGUGUGGUGUGGUUUACUUUUGAGUUUUUAGUCCGUAUUGUUUUUUCUCCCAAUAAACUUGAAUUCAUCAAAAAUCUCUUGAAUAUCAUUGACUUUGUGGCCAUCCUACCCUUCUACUUAGAGGUGGGACUCAGUGGGCUCUCAUCCAAAGCUGCUAAAGAUGUCCUUGGCUUCCUCAGGGUGGUAAGAUUUGUGCGGAUCCUGAGAAUCUUCAAACUCACCCGCCAUUUUGUAGGUCUGAGGGUGCUUGGACAUACUCUUCGAGCUAGUACUAAUGAAUUUUUGCUGCUGAUAAUCUUCCUGGCUCUGGGAGUUUUGAUAUUUGCGACUAUGAUCUACUAUGCCGAAAGAGUAGGCGCUCAACCUAACGACCCUUCAGCUAGUGAGCAUACACAGUUCAAAAACAUUCCCAUUGGGUUCUGGUGGGCUGUGGUGACCAUGACCACAUUGGGCUAUGGGGAUAUGUAUCCCCAAACAUGGUCAGGCAUGCUGGUGGGAGCCCUAUGUGCUCUGGCUGGAGUGCUGACAAUUGCCAUGCCGGUGCCUGUCAUUGUCAACAACUUUGGAAUGUACUACUCCUUGGCAAUGGCGAAGCAGAAACUUCCGAGAAAAAGAAAGAAGCACAUCCCUCCUGCCCCUCAGGCAAGCUCACCAACUUUUUGCAAGACAGAAUUAAAUAUGGCCUGCAAUAGCACACAGGGUGACACAUGCCUGGGCAAAGACAAUCGACUUCUGGAACGUAGCAGAUCAGUGUUAUCAGGUGAUGACAGUUCGGGACGUGAGCCAUCAUUAUCACCCCCAGAAAGGCUCCCCAUCAGACGCUCUAGUACCAGAGACAAAAACAGAAGAGGGGAAACAUGUUUCCUACUGACAACAGGUGAUUACGCGUGUGCUUCUGAUGGAGGGAUCAGGAAAGGAUAUGAAAAAUCCCGAAGCUUAAACAACAUAGCGGGCUUGACAGGCAAUGCUCUGAGGCUCUCUCCAGUAACAUCACCCUACAACUCUCCUUGUCCUCUGAGGCGCUCUCGAUCUCCCAUCCCAUCUAUCUUGUAAAUCAAACUGCAUCAGUCGGCUAAAUUGUAUUAAUUCGAGUACAGUCUACUCCAUCAUGGGAAUAAUUAAAUGUAGAGUUACUCCAACCUCCAUUAACACAGUACAAAUCUGCAUGACGUUUUCUGAAGUCAGAAAUGCCAUUUGGGUAGUUAUUGAAUCUUAUCCUGGCUUUAAAGAUUAUCUAAAGUAGUGGUAUUACUUCUCCAUAUUAAUUGCCCUGAUGUCCUUUUGCAAUAAAAUAACAGAUAGUAUCAGAUAUUGGCCAGUACACUAAUACAUAAACAUAUUUUCAGGGAGAUAUAUUUAAAACAGUGUGCUUCCAAAUGCUAACCACUUCACGGGACCUUCAUUUCUGUGACUUUCUACACAAUUCUGAAGAUGUCUGGGAUCCUAUCUUGCUUGCAUACCACAUGACUUCCGUCAGCUCAUUUGCAUGGACCAUCUUGUCUCUGUCACCUGAAAGUGAUGGCACAGAGUUCAGGGGACAUGGAGGGCUCGGGAUAUGUGUACUUGCAUCCAAUUGUCCUACUGAUAUGAAACUGGUCGACUGUUCUGCAUGUUGAAUGGUGGGGCAGGUGGGCAAGUUUCUCUUUGACAUUUUUUCAUUUAUUGUUUGAAAGAAAUAUUUGUCUUAAACAGCUUAAUUUCUUGAUUGAUUUACCUUUCUUCAAAAGUGCUGUAUUGGAGUUCUGAAUGUCUCUGGUUGUUUGCACACAGAUAACUACAAAGAGGUUGUCAUUACUGGUUACAUGCAAGCCGAGGCCAGAUCCCUGACUUAAUGGCUUGGGGAAGGCACAAAACAUGAGAGACAGGUAACUGUCAGCCAGGCUUGCCUUGCUGAAACAGGAAUUGCUGCUUGAUAAUUGAAUCAUUUUUUUUUAAAUCCCAGGAUUUGUCAUCAUUUUCAGAGGCAGAGCGCCAAGUAUUUCCAAAGCUCUCAUGCCUUUUUUAAACCUCCUUUAUUUCAUUUAUUAAUUUUUGUGCAAACAUCAAAGAACAUCGUUGCUCACAGGAGGCUUACUUGACCAGCCUUAAGUUUCUGACUCACAAGAAUAAUCAGAUUUUCAGUCAAUGUUUAAUCAGGUGCUUUGUCCUGAAUGUUGUUCUGUCUGUCUGUCUUAGCUCCCUGUCUUAACUGUAUAUGCCAUCUGUCUCCAUAAAGCACAGAAAUGCCUGAUAAGGUGUUCAUGAUUUUAGUACUGGGCCUUUUCCCAUCCCCUUGCCUUCCUUGCUACUUGGAACAGCUUCUCUGCUUUGUGUAUGAAUUAAGGAUGCCCGAUAGACUAAGUUAAUCGAUACUGUGAACCUUUCUGAUAAACAGAAUUUAGGCAGCAGCAAUGUUACCAUUGCAUUUGGUUGCCUGCUGAAGUGUCAGAUUCUACUGCCUACCAACCAGCAUUCAUCUCUACACUCUAAUCAAACUUCUAGGGAGUCUUAUUCAGUCCAAGUGGAAGAAAUUCUGUUUACACAUCCCCACUAAUGCAAUAGCAACAGUGUGUCUGGUGUAUUGGAUAUGUGAGGGAAGAAAAAUGCCAUAAUAUAUAUUGAGGGAUAAACCAUAUUUCUAAGGCAUUCAGGAUCAUUGAGAUUGUUGAUUAAUUUCUAAUUCUCAUGUUUAUUUUUUGUUAGGAGGACAAUUAUCACUUUUAUUCUUGGCCACGUAACUUAUAUUACUCUAGAUCCCCAAGUCCUAGAGCAUGACCUGCAUGUCAGAGACCUUGUACAGCAAUGUAUUUACCCAGACGUACCCAUCUGAUGUUUAGAGAUUCAGUGAUCCUCUUGUUAACACCACACAUAGAAAGCUAUAAUUAUUCAGAGCUCUAUGGUAAAGGAAUUAUAAUACUCUACUGUCUGGUGCUGCUGUUAUUGACUGCAGUGUUGUACAGAAUUUAGCAUGGACUUUUGAUGGCUGAAAAAGGGACAGUGGAAUUUAGCCAUAUCAAGGACUGUACUGGAAACAGGCUUCUGCUGCUGAAUGUGCCCUGAUGUAACCAGGAUGCACUUGGAAGAAGUUCCCGUGUCUUCAAGAAACAUUUAAAGCUCGUAAAAGGAUUGUGGCUGGAACUCAUUUGGUGCUGCCUGUAUGAGUGGUUUGCUUGUGGACUGGCCACUGUCCGUGAAACAAAUGUAAAUACCAACAUGUGUGUGUGGGUCAAUAAUUUUGGACAUCUCACAUCAAAGGAAGCCAAAUUCAUGAUCCACAUCUCUGAAGCUUCAAGUAUGGCCCAUACCUCUGUGAACUACCACUACUCGUGGGCCUGCGGUAGAUUGUGCUGUGAAUCACACAAGGCAGCGAUUUCGGUGUAAUAUCGGUCUGUCUUAAUUUCUCUUAUUUCCCCUUUGUUGGUUGGAUUCAUGAAUAUUGUAUCCUUUUCUUAUCAAGCACUUACGUUUUCAGCUUGUCAUAUUAUGUUGUCAAAUUUCCAGUGCCUAUUUAUUGAAACUGACCUGGUUUUAGUCACAUAGUUGUUUAGUUCUAGAAAAUCACCAUGACAAAAAGCACCAUUAUUCAUAGUUUGUCUUUUGUCAUUGUUACCUCAAUUAUAAAUAUUAUAGAAAAAUUCUGGCAAUGAGAGUAUUUUUUUACUAAAUGACCAAGGAAUAAUGUCAGUAUAUAGUAGAAUAUUAAUCAAAUUAUAUCCUAAAUUGUAUAUUUUGCAUAAGAGAGAUAUUCUUCAAUGAAUUACUUUUUGGUGAGUUUUGUGGCAAAUGAAGCUUGUAUUUGUCUUUAAAACUGUUGUGGUUGAAACUGUGUAAGAAUUCUUCAUCUUGCUUAAUCAGUAUUUCUAGGAUCUAUUAGUUCCCCUGGGAUUCUGAAUAUAACAUAUAACCUAGUUAUAAAUCUCUGUAUUGUGGACCUUUUGUGAAAAAUUCAAGGUGCAUGCACAACCUUGGUGAUAACUGUGGAAAUGUAACUCACUGAAAUGAAGAAUAAAAGACACCUA